UCUGUCACCUGCUCUCAGACAACCGGGGCGAGCGGCACCGGGAGGAAAGGGCAGCAGGAAGCCACAGCACGGGGACCCCCAGGCCGGGGUGCCGGGUGGGCUCUGCCUCGGGCUCCCCUCCAGCGGCUGGGGCACUGGGAUCGCAGGCUGUGCAGGGAGCAGAGGGAGCUUGGCUGCUGGAGAAUGGCAGCAGGAUUUAACUAGGAGGGCACGGAAAACUGGGAGAGAACACGCGGGAGCUGAGGGAACUGCGGGAGACGAGAGCGGCUUCUCAGCACCGUUGCCCGGCCUGUGAAGCAACAUGAGUCACAAGGGAUCCCUCAGCAGCAACCCCGGCUCAUCCAAUGGCAGCAUGGGCAAAGCUGACGGAGCCUCCAAGCUGAGCGCAAAGGACCUGUACGAACAAAGGAAAAAAUACUCCAAUUCCAACAUCAUUAUGCACGAGACUUCCCAGUACCACGUCCAGCACCUGGCCACCUUCAUCAUGGACAAGAGCGAGUCCAUCAUGACGGUGGACGAUGCCAUCCGGAAGCUCAUCCUGCUCAACUCCAAAGAGAAGAUCUGGACGCAGGAAAUGCUGCUGCAAGUGAACGACAAGUCCAUCCGGCUGCUGGACUGCGAGACAAAGGAGGAGCUGGAGGACUUCCCUCUGCCGACAGUGCAGCACUGCCAGACGGUGCUCAACCAGAUGCGCUAUUCCUCCAUCCUGCUCCUGGUGUGCCAGGAUUCGGAGCAGCACAAACCUGACAUCCACUUCUUCAACUGUGAUGAGGUGGAGGCGGAGUUGGUUCAUGAGGACAUAGAAAGUGCCCUGUCAGACCACAAGCAUGGGAAGAAGAUACGGCCACAGACACUCAAGGCAAACCAAGAAAAGAUCAAGCAGAGACAAUCCAUCCUCCCCCCGCCGCAAGGGCCGGCUCCCAUCCCGAUCCAGCACGACAUGCGAGGCUCAGGGAUGAACAGGAACAGGGUGGCACCUCCUUCCCAGCAUGAUCCAGACUAUGAACGACGAAGCUCCAGCUCUCAUGACCACGAAGAGUCCCGGGCCAUGUUAGCACAGAAGAUUGAAAAGGAAACGCAAAUCCUGAACUGCACUCUGGACGACAUCGAAGUGUUCGUCGCCCAGCUGCAGAAGGCAGCAGAGGCGUUCCGACAGCUCAACCAGAGGAAGAAAGGGAAGAAGAACAAGAAGAAAGGGCCAGCAGAGGGAAUGCUGACUCUCCGAGCAAGACCCCCGAGUGAGGCCGAGUUCAUCGACUGCUUCCAGAAAACCAAACUGGCUUUUAACCUCUUGGCCAAGCUAAGGAAGCAUAUCCAGAACCCCAGCGCUUCGGAGUUGGUACAUUUCCUAUUUGGACCGCUGGAACUGAUCAUCAAUAACUGUGGUGGCCCCGAGCUUGCCCGCUCUGUCGUCAGCCCACUUCUUUCUAAAGACGCCACAGAUUUCCUCAGAGGACACCUGACACCCAAAGAGAUCAACCUCUGGGAUUCCCUGGGGGAGACGUGGACCAGAUCCAGAGCUGAGUGGCCCCGAGACGCAAACAUCCCCACCUACAUCCCCAAAUUCCGCAACGGCUGGGAACCACCCACAGAAAUCUUCCGUGGAGCUCCCUGGGAAAUAGACAUCGGACACCUGCAGGAGGAGCUCUCCUCAGCCAACGGAUAUCCCUACCGGAACUCCUCACUCAAGCGUGGCCAGGCGGCCGACCAGACACAAGCCGUGGAUGCCUUCAAGCAGAAUGUCACCCAGCACGUGAACAGGAAUUUUGAGGCCCAGGGAAUGGCUCUGCCCAAGAGAUAUGCCAAAAUCCGCUACGACUUCACGGCGCGGAACGCCAACGAGCUCUCCGUGCUGAAGGAUGAAAUCCUGGAGGUGCUGGAAGAUAACAAGCAGUGGUGGAAGUUGCUCAACCGGAGCGGGCAGGCCGGUUACGUCCCGUAUAAUAUCCUGGAUGUGGUGAAGCUGGAAGAGGUGGAACAGUCUAACCAGAGGUACAAAGGAGACUUGAGCCCCAGGGGCUAUGGACCAUCCAGCCCAACUCACAAGAUGCCUGCGAGCUACGCCGGGGACAAGUGGGGCAGUGAGAUGUUAUCGCGCAACUCUCCCCAGGACGCCAAAGAACAACUUAUUCACCAAAUGGAUGAGCUGAAUGACGAGCUGCUAAAGAAGAUCGCAAACAAUAAAAUUCAGCCUCCCCACAGGAAUUUCAAAGUGGAAAAGCCCCAGGAAGUUUUUGUGCCCCUCACCUUCGAGUCCAGCACCGAAGAAGUCAAAGCUUGGCUGGAGGCAAAGUCAUUCAGCAAAGAGACAGUGGAACACCUUGGCAUCCUCACUGGAGCUCAGCUCUUCUCCCUCAACAGAGAGGAGCUGAAGAAGGUGUGUGGAGAUGAGGGAAACAGAGUAUACAGCAAGAUCACAGUGGAGAAAAACCAGCUGGAGAAAAGCAGAGGGGAGUCAGAGCUCCAAGAAAUCAUGAAGCGCCGCCAGGAGAGGAUUGAUUCCGCUAAUUAAACCCUGUCUGCUUUAUUUCAGCUCUUAGUUCUAGUAGUGCAGAGAAAAAGGGAAUGAAAGCAAUGAUCCCCUGGCCAGGCAGGAGACAGCAGUGCUGCACUUUGGGUCUGGCUGCCAGCAGAGUGACAAUCCCUCGAACACUGUUGAUAAGGGUUGACAAUACGACCAUGUCCCUCUGGGAAAGGUGUUUUAAUAUUGCAUGAAGUAUUUUUUUUUAUAACUGUGUAUUUUAUACUGGAAUUUUACGUGCAUGCGGUCAGAGCGGGACUCACACGGGUCUGGAUGAACGACAAGGGCCGGAUUCAAGCAAAAAGAGACCCCACAAAGCUUUUGUCCGAGAGCUGUCCCUGCUCCCACCCCCUCUCCAGCACGGCUCGGGAAGAGCAGGCACGGAACAGCACUGACUGUUUAGAGUCUGGACCACGGGAAUAAGGCUCUUCCUAAAAUCCUGGAACGGUUUGGGUUGGAAAGGACCUUAAAGCUCAUCCUGUUCCAACCCCUGCCAUGGGCAGGGACACCUUCCACCAGACCAGGUUGUUCCAAGUCCCAUCCAACCUGGCCUUGGACACUUCCAGGGAUGGGGAGUCACCACCUCUCCGGGCAUCCUAAGGCAACCCCCUCCUCAUUCCCUCCUCCCCCUGCACAGGGCCUGUGACAAUUCCCUGCCCUCUUUCUCUCCUUCCCACCCCCCUUCCCAUGCCCCCUCGUUGGACAAGGCUGGAAUGGCAACACACAUUCCCAAAGACUGUCUGCUUCCUUAAAUCCAUAAACCAGUUAUUGCUGGCUUUGAACAGUGGAACUGAGAUUUCAUUGCCUAAAAACGAGCAGGAGUGACAAAGGAAGUGAUUUGAAUACAGAAAUAGGUGAGUUCCCCCUGCUCACCCCUGCUUAGGCAGAGCCUGGGGCUCAGGGCAGCUGUGCAGCCCUUCCCAGUGACACUGAUCCUGAUUUGGAACGUUGUGGUGUUGCCAAACCCCGCCUCAAACCAGGAGAAGAUAAGCCCUGACCAUUUGCUCCCAACCCAGUUACACCCACAGCCCUUCCUAGGGUGUUGGUCACCUGUCCCCACCUUCACGUUUGCUUUGCAAAGGUUCAGCUGAAAUGACUCCUAAAUGUCUAAAACCCAAAAGCACGCUGGGAAAAAGGCUGGUUUAGCACAAAAUAAAUGGCCACACACACACACAAAAAAAAAAUAUAUAAUUUAGCACAGUGUUUUUCAUCAUCAUAUUAUGUGAAUAUGUAUAUAACAAUCU